AUGCAUGACUUCUAUCACUACGUUGCGCAGUCGCCCUGGCUAGGUGGUUCAGCAGAGUAUAGCGGUCUCAAUGAAGGCUUUCCGUACUGGUUUAACGGCAUCGUCCCUCUCGCGUAUGGCCUUGAUGAUGCGCGCUUGAAAAUCCAAGUUAAAGAAGCUGUGGAUUAUGUCCUUGCCCAUCAAGCAGAUGACGGCUGGAUUGGUCCGGAGAACGGGACGGCGAGAAACUUCUGGGCACGGUAUCCGGUCUUUCUUGGAUUGAUCGGGCUUGUAGAGGCGGACCCUGAGGUGUAUCAAGAGAGUGUGCUUGGUGCCCUGGAAAAGUUCAUGAGACUGAUGAACCAGAUGCUGAAGGAUGACCACAGAGGGUAUCUGUACCAUGAAGGGGACGAACUAUCCGAAUUUGAUUUCACUUGGGGGAGAGUAAGAGUCGCCGAUAUGAUGAUCAGUCUGCAGUGGAUGUACGAGAAGCACCCUCGCGAUAUCGGUCUCCUACUGCUGGAGAACAUGCAAUUCCUGCUUAACGGAGCCAUUGACUGGGCCUACUGGUUCUCUGAAGGCGUGUUCAUCAAGCAGGAUCUAAACACCCUUCCCGAGGAUGUUGCCGUAAGCAGCCCGUUAUUUCCAUAUGUCCACGCUGUCAACGCUGGACAAGGACUCAAGAGUGGCGCGGCACUACGCCGCUUCUCGCACAAUGACACUCUGCUGGAGUCCACAAGAAGGGGCGUCAACUGGACCUUUACAUACCAUGGCUCCGCUUCCGGUACAGUUCUAGGCGACGAGAGACUUGCCGGCCUGAGCCCAUUCUACGGCUCAGAGACCUGCACGGUCGUCGAAACCAUGUACUCCAUGAGCUAUCUCUACCAAGCUCUAGGCGAUGGCUCCUUCGCCGACAGAGCCGAGUCUCUAGCUUACAACGAGCUACCAGUGCACAUGACGCCAGACUGGUGGGCACGCCAGUAUGUCACGCAGCCUAACCAGCCCUUCUCGCAGAAGCUGGCCGACAAGCCCUUCUGGAACACAAACGAAUGGUCCCAGACGUACGGCCUGGAAGUGAACUACCCCUGCUGCACCGUCAACUUCCCGCAAGGCCUUCCCAAAUUUCUGUCCAACUCCUUCGUCAGAGUCGGCGCCAACGGCCUCGCGCACGCCUUCCUGAGUCCCGCCGCGCUAACUACCACUCUGCCCAGCGGGACGCAGAUAACAGUCAACUGCACCACCAACUACCCCUUCGCCAACACGCUCAUAUACACCAUCGCUGCCUCCGCAGCCUUCGAGUUCCACCUCCGUUUUCCGACAUGGGCGACCUCGUCGACACGCCUAUCCCUCCCGUACCAGCGGCCCAUGUCUGUCCAGCCGGAUUCGCACACCGGCCUCCACGCCAUCGUGAUCCAGCCCGGCAUCACCACGCUAACCUACUACAUCGGCCCUGAGACGAUCCUCGAGCACCGGGCUAACGACACUGUAGCCGUGCACCGCGGCGCGCUGCUCUACGCGCUCGAGAUCGGCUCCACGAACGCCAGCACGCCGCCGAAGGACUUCCGGACUAAUGAGCCCUUUUCAAAUGCCACCUUCCCGGAGCAGGCAAGGGACUACGAGAUCGCCAACACCACCGCCUGGAACAUCGCUAUUGACCCUACUACGCUGGUCUUCCACGCCGCGGAGGGGGAGCUCGGGAAUCCGUUCGAGCCUGGGAUGCCGCCGUCGUGGUUUACGGUGAGGGGUUGUGAGAUCGAGUGGGGCCUGUGGAAGGGCGUGCCGGAUGCGCCGCCGGUGGGGGAGAGGAGGAAGUGUGUUGGAGAGGCGAGGGAGGUCAGGCUUGUGCCGCUCGGUGGGGCGAAAGUGCAUAUGGUUGAUUUGCCUACCAUCGACUUAGCCGGUUAG